UGUUUGGCCAGGGAUCUCCACCUGGUUCGGCUGUUGCCAUGGAGCUAGCCAAUCAGGGAGGGGAAACCUCUCAAGGCCAUAGUUGCGUUGCAGCUGCAAGAGAAAGGAGCAGCAGGGUGUGGGAGAGGACAGGGAGUGAACAUGAGCUAACAGGUGGAGUGAAAGGGCAGAAUAAGAGCAGUGUCGAAAAGAGCAAGACGGCUGUGAGGUCACAGAGCAGAGAGCUGUUCAGGUAUCUCCAGGCAGUCCAAACACAAGAGUCUAAGGCGGAAAACAGCUGUGGUAUAUUUCCUAAAGCCAGCAGAGACACCAGGAUGAGGACUGACACGUAUGAUGAUAGCCAGAGUGACAGCGGAGUGUCAGCAGACUUCCACUCAGACAGAACAUGGAACAGCAGCACCAGCAUUUCUGCAGACUCUCCGGGCCCUGUCUCCUCAGAGACCCCCAUCGAGAGGGAGAUCAGACGGGCAAUAGAGCGCGAGCAAAGCCUGAGAAGAUCCAGAGGACUUCCAAACCAACGCACCUCUCCAGAAUACGUGGAAGUUCCUUCCAGAAAAAGUCUUAGUGUGUCCUCCACUCCCAAGUGGUCCCAGAACAAGGACAGGGAAUUUGCAGGCAAAAAGAUGCAGCACGAGAUUCACGAAGAGACUCGGAGGGAGCAGGACCUGGUCAAGAUUGGGAAAAUUCCUGGCUUCUAUGACAAAGGCACAGUUCGCCAAAUAAAAGAGAGGAAGCAACUCUUUGAGACCCUGCAGAUACGUCCAGAAUCGCCAUUGACAUUCUCACCUAAAAGUAAGACCCCAUCCUGGUCUUCUAGUAGCAGUGACGAUUUGAACUUAAUUUUGGAGAGUCAAGAUGAAUCUGGGACAUCCACCCCAGAACAUACCACCUACGUGGAGAGAAAACCCAUUGCGGUCAAUACCUCACAGAACCAAACCUCUGCCAAAGGUUUAGACCGCUCUGGUCUCAGAGGACCAAAGCUCUCAGAGGGGACCGGCUGUCAGAUCAUCAUCAUAGAAAAUAGCCGAACCAUUCCAGCACAGAAACACUACAAAGCCAAAGCAGAGGCAAAGGCCAGUCCAGCUCUUGAAACUGGAAAGGAUUUCAACUCAACAGAAAAGACAAGAAACUAUGAUGGACUGAUGAAGGCAAAGAAGAAACAGGAUGAGAAAGAAGUCUCAGUGUCCAAGGAGAACCCUUUUUUCAAGCUCCGUUCCUCAGCUAAUUUAGAUAAAGUGAGGCAGGAUAUCCAAGAGGCCAAAGACAGGGAGAAGGAGCUUCACACCUUGCGGCUCAACCUGUAUGGGGAAGUCAAUGAUACUGAAUCCCCCUCAAAAAAAGAAAUCCCAGCUCCCAGUCCGGUUCCCAAUGGUAGCAGUGGAUUACAUGAAGGAAGACAGGCAGUGGACCAGGUGUCUGUGCGACCGCCUGUCCAGGGUGAAGAGGAAAAGAUUUUCCACCCAGAGAUUCGCAAGAGUCCCAGAACUCCACGACAAAAGAAUCCUCUAGUGCAGCUGUGGGAGUCGGGCCUGAUCAGCAACAACAACCUGGAAGACGACUGAGGAUCAGGGAGGGUUCACAGAGACCUACAUUUUCUUUAAUUAUGGGGUGAAAUCAAAACGGAAAUGAUCAGUGUGAAGACGGAGAAAACACGAAACAGGAUUCAGCAGCAUCAAUGAUGGAAAAAUAAGUAACAUAAAGCAAAUCAGAAAGACGUCGAGGAUUAAGGCAAGAAAACGGGGCCAGGCAGACUGGGAGCAAGACAAAUGGCAGUAGAAGGAAAACGAUGCCUUUUUCUUCAGACGACAGGAGAGAAGAAAGACUGUGAGACAGGCCACUGUGUUGCCUGCUGGCCUGCUUAUGAUGCUGCAAAGACAAAAGACAAAACAAUAUCAUCAAGGAAAAAAUGAAUAUGAUGAAUAAUGCAAUAGAGACCAAACAAAUUCUAAGAAAGCAAAUGUUAGAUCAUUAUUUUGAUUUUCUUAAGUAAUAAUAAAGUACAACAUUUUGGUUUAAAAAGUUAGAAUUGUUAAUUUUCUGAAUAAUGUACAAGGAAAGUGUAUUUAUAACAAAUUCCAUGGAAAUACUUAAAAAAAUGAAACAAAUGCUUUUUUCAUGC